GAUGAUGCAUCCUCCUCCAAAAAUCCUGCCUCCCUGCAGACCGCUGAGCCAUGCGCACCAGGCUGAAAGUCUGUGUGCGUGUGGGGCCCCUUAAAGAGAAGCGCCGAGCAGACGGCUCAGACUUUCCCACUUGAAGAAUCAGCGAAAUGAGGAACAGCGCCAACCCGGCACCAUGCGCUCCAGGCUCCCAAGGACCGCCUGCAUACUGCGAAUCAUUGCACUUUGCAUCCUUCUCUCGCACGCCGCAGCUUAUUUUGGACUGACAGGCCGGGAACCUUUGGUGUUUUUACCAGGUCCUUUUUCCAAUGACGCUCCAACAGGAAAGGCCCACCUGAAGCAGUGCGAGCAGAUGACUCUGACCAGGCGGCAGAAGAGACUGUGUCGCAGGGAGCCUGGUUUGGCAGAGACGCUCCGGGAGUCUGUGCGCUUAAGCCUUCUGGAGUGCCGCUAUCAGUUCAGAAACGAGCGCUGGAACUGCAGCCUGGAUGGCCGAGGGAGCCUCCUGAAAAAAGCUUUCAAGGAGACUGCCUUCCUGCUGGCUGUGUCCUCUGCAGCGCUAACCCAUGCCCUCGCCAAGGCGUGCAGCUCAGGACGCAUGGAGAGGUGCACGUGUGACGAUUCCCCCGGCAUCCAGCAUCGGGAGGCGUGGCAGUGGGGGGUUUGUGGCGACAACCUCAAAUACAGCACCAAGUUUCUGAAGAAGUUCCUCGGACAAAAACGAGUCAGCAAGGACCUGCGGGCUCAAAUGGAAGCCCACAACAUCAACGUUGGCACACGGGCAGUGAAGAGUGGUCUGAAGACGACUUGCAAGUGUCACGGCGUCUCCGGCUCUUGCGCCGUACGGACUUGCUGGAAGCAGCUGUCUCCUUUUCAUGACACUGGGCGGCUGCUGAAGUACAGAUACGACACCGCGGUCAAAGUACUGAGUGUCACCAAUGCAGCCACAGGGGAAACAGAGCUGGCGGGCCCUCGCCGCCACAGCCAGAGUCCUCGCACAACUGACCUGGUCUACCUGGAAGACUCCCCCAGCUUCUGCAGGCCCUCCAGGUAUUCACCGGGCACAGGUGGGAGGUCGUGCGCCAAAGACACAAGCUGCCAGAGUUUAUGCUGCGGACGUGGCUACAACACGGCAAUGCACCUCACCAGCCUGUCCUGCCACUGCCAGGUGCGCUGGUGCUGCCAUGUGGAGUGUCAAACGUGCGUGAGGGAGGAGGAGAGGUAUACCUGCAAAAAUGCUUAAAUAAAUGGCGGUGUGACACAAAAACAACAGACUUGGAGAUAAAAGAAAAAAGAAUGAACAAUGGACCCAGACAAAGACACAUUUGAACAAGACAAAUCGGCCUUAGAUGUUUCACUAAGGGACCUUCAACUGUUUGCUGACUUGCAUGCUAUAUUAGGAGGAAUAUAGGAGUGUAAUUUGUACUUGAUAAUAAUCACCAUAUUUUACAGCUUACUGUAGGUGAGGAUGUUUUCACACUUCCAUGCUUUUCUCUGGUUGGAUGCACUGAAAUCCUGCUUUUGCUCCCCCUUUUUUGGGGGAAUCAAGCUCUUCAAACAGAAACUGGACUGGAUGCAACCGGCAGUGCGGCAUCAAACCACAACUGCCUUUGAAACUGACUUUACUGUUUUGUAAUUCCCCUCCCACAUUUGACUAUUUAUUGUGCUAGUCUUUGUGUCUGUUAUAUUGCUGCUUUACACGUUAAAUCCUGUCAUCAAGUGAUGCCAAAGAGGCUUAAGUGGACUUGAGAGGAAUUUACCUGUCUGUCUUUCUGACUGCUGUUUUCUGCUGUGGAGAACUUAAAGGUUCUUUUCUGAGUAAAAGCACUUGAGUUGCUCUGUUAUGGUUUUUUGUUAUGUUAUAAAGUGUAUUGUUCUAAAGAUAUAUGCCUUGGCCGAAUCACUGGAUGCUUCAAAGGGGUUCCUGAUAUCACUGACGUACAGAACAAUACAAUUGCAUGCAUUAACAGGGUUAUUGUGUAAACAAAGAAGCUGGGUUUCAGUUGAGCUUAUGGAAAUCUCUAUGGAAAUCUCUACAUAGACUGAUGUGUGCCUGAGCAGAACAAAGGGAAAGGUUAACAGUGAAGGAACACUGUCUUUAAAAAUCUGCUUCAUGCAGGAGCGCACUAGAUCCGCUCUCCUUUUUUUUUUUUACUUUAAAGUGUAAAAUUGCCCAACUGAACGAUUUGGUCUUUAAAGUCUAAAUUAGCCACAUCUUUGUUCUGUGAGUCUUUGAAGAGGGUCAGUCAUGCUCCCUAUUUUCCCCUAAUUGCUAAUCAAAGAAAAUCACAGUGUUUACUCCUCUAAUAUCCAGCUCUAUGUCCAUAUGUGCAGGUUAAAGGUGCAAGUUGAACCCCAAAUCACAACAACCUGUAGACUUUAUGUUUUAGCAAAGAGAUUCUCAGCUGGAUGUGAAUGAAAAGUCACACUGGGGCUCCAGGCGUCUGACAUUGUGGAAUUAUAAUUUUCUACCUCACUUCAACUUUUGGCAAAAAAAGAAAAACGGAAAGAUUUAUGAGCUAUGCAGAGCUACCUUCUCUGUAGAUACAUGUCUCUCCCUCUGCAUCCGUCUUCUAUAUCAUAUUUUUGCUGUUUGUACAGGUCCUGUGAAUGUGUUGAUGCGCACGACCGAUCGAUGUUUUAAAUCUUCACACUUUUAUUUAAAGCAAAUAAGAAAUAAUAAAAAAGGUGUACAUUUGUAA